AUGUACGCUGUUGUGCAAGGUUGCAGACAGGGUUUUGAGGGGAACGCCGACCGUUGCCGUUUUUACUUCCGAGCCUCCUUGUCUUCUUCGGACUGGACGCACCUGAUGGCGCUUUGUGUGCCUGGCGUUGGACUGCGAUGCAUGUUUUUCGCACGUUGAAGCUAGUGGGGAGUGACACAUAGGCAUGCAAGGCUGACGUGACUUGCUGUGACCUUGGGCGAAGACGAUCACACUGCCGCCGCCGGUCUCGCUCCUGUUUGAGACGCUGGCGAUCCAACCACGGCGCUCUUUUUGAGCGGCCGAGCUCGUUUUCGUUGGUUUCGAGGGGUCGGGGGGAGGGCCGAGGGGGUAGUCCAAGCACCCCUCGCAACCUUAUCGGCCCAAACGCCGGCCAUUCGAUGGACCAGAACGGCAAUGGACGGUGUGCAACAGCCCCACGAAUAAUCAUGUCGAAGCGUGGAAGCGAGCAAGCAUCAGAACCCCCCUUCGCGUCUGUUGUGCACAACAUUCUAGCAGCAUUUGUUUUUACUUGGGUUCCGUUCGUGUUCGCCAACGCCCCCUGCAAGCACUAGCUCACCCUCGUCUUGCCGUUCUAGGUAUUUGAUAUUCAGCAGCAGCGCUUACAACGCUUGCGCAUCGCAUCGGUGGUCGUUGUUCCGUUCAGCCCCCCCCCCCCCGUAUUAUCGGAUUCUUCUAUCGGCGGAGCGCAGGCUGUCGGAGUUAGAAGAGGCCCUUGCAGUAGACGGAGGGCACGACCCCGCGUCGGUGCUUGGGCGGUUCGCCUCAGGGGCGGGCGAUCCGACUCCCUCUAUGCUGGCGCAGGCAAGGCCCCACCAUAAGCAGCACGUGGCGGCCGCAGCUGUUGUUGUGCCCCUGCUUUGCGUUCCUUGGUGUUGCUCGUCACUUUGCAUUUGCCUCGAGGGGUUUAUUGUAGGUUUUUGCAUGCGGCUGUUGCUGCUGAUGCGGUACCAGCACCACUGGUGCUCCUUCGUGCAUCCAUGAGUGAGUGUUCAUGCAGCGCCCGUAGGUCGAUCCACCUUGCGGGCUCAAGUACUUGUUGCAUUGAAGCGGAAACGUUCGCUUGCUGCAGGUUUUGCUCCUGGGGCAUCUUGAGAACAAAACACAGCAGUCAGGCUGUCUUGUCAGAGAAAGUGUCGGCAACCUAGACACAGGAUGAGCCCCUUUGGCGCAUCCAACACCAGUUGUACACCAACCCCGUAGUCUACUGCGGUUUCAGGUAAUGCUUUGUUUAUUCCAACUGGAGUAACACCAUGUAUCUUGUGCCUGAUUGGCGCCGAAACGUGGCCCUUGGGGCCCCGCGGAUGGUUCUACAGUACUAGCGACGAGACAAACCGCAGAACCACGGCAGCGCGGCAUGUCUGGAAGGUUACCUCCCUACCCACAGAAACAGGUCCGACUCCGGUUGCUGACUAGUAUUGUCAACUUUGCCGCGGCUGCGAGUGAUCUGCUUUGUGUUCCGUCCCUUCUAUCUUUUCACGGCCCUCUUAGAUGUACAACGCGCUGGGCAGCGGCGCCCAUAAUUGUAGGCGCUCCGUCGUCUGUGUUACUUGAUCUGCUUUGUUUCCAUCUCAAUACAACGCAUCUGGUGACUCACCCCUUCCACCCCGCCACUUCCCACGUCG